AUGUUAAAAUUACGAUCAGCCAAAACUGUACGUGAAUAUUAUGAUAACGCGAUUAAAAAAGACUCGAUUAAAGGUCAUACAACAAUAAAAUCACUACUUUAUGAAGAAAUUGAGAAUAUACCGGAUUAUGGGAUAAAUAAAUAUGGAAAAAAACUAAUAAGAAAUGUCAGUGCUUACGUAAAAAGGCGCCACCGAUACAUAUUUAAUACCAAUUUUUUAGAAAAAGGUGAAGAAAAAAGCGCAAGAAAAACUAUUAGGGAAUAUCUUUAUCGUUAUGUUCAAGACAAUGAAUCUGAUUCAGAAGAUAGAACAGAUGGAACAAAUGAAAUGACGCCUAAUGAGCGAGAUGAAGAACUCGUUGCCCUCCUAGAAAUUGAUGAAAAUGAAUUAGACUACACGUCAUUCAAUAAUUUGAUGAAAAUAAAAGUCAACAAUCCCGGUAUUGUUGAUCCUAUAUCUGCAGAUUUCGAUGAAAUUAUUGAAAGACUUAGUAAACUUGAGCAGAAGUUAUCAAUUGAAAAAGAGCUGCAUUCUUAUGUAACUGGGUUGCAACGGUUAAAGCUUUUAUUCAAGAAUAUCGUUCCGGUAGUUGGGGAUCGCAGAAUUCGUGCAGUUGAAGACUUGGAUCUUUAUAAAAAAAUCGGAAUUGCCUCAAGGCAUCUAAUGAAAGAAUAUAAAAACAAGGUUCCGUUGUCUAUUACAUGUCCAGGAAAAGUAGAGGGAAAGGAUUAUAUUCUCGCCACAGUAAAGUUGCCAAGAGGAACUCCGGUUUAUAACUUACCUGUCGAGUACAAUGGUUUCCCAGUAAUAGUUGAUUAUGGAGCUAUGAAAGCUUCAACUAGUGAAACUAGUGACAGAUGUCGCAAAUAUCAUGAAAAUCUCAAACCAGGAAUAAGUAUUAGCGAUUCAAAGUGUUAUGAAGCAUUCACACUAGGCACACUUUUCACAGCAGAAAGUCAAUCAGGAAAAAAAUAUCUUUUAACUGUAAAUCAUGGAGUCAAAGAGGAUACUCCCCGUUGUGCUACAGUCACCAAAUAUAAAGAUUUAAGUAUUGAUAAACAUGGACAACUUUUAGACUUCGCUUUUUGUGAGGUCGAUAAUGAACGUGGAUUACUUGCUACUAACAAACCAUGUGGAUCAGAUAUUAUCAUUGAGGAACUCCAUUCUACUUUAGAUUAUGAAGAGUCAGAUAUUAUACCUGUCCAAAAAGUAGGUAGAACAACGGGACAUACCGCAGGGAUUAUGGAGAAUUUAAUGCAAGAAGCUAUAGUAACUGAGACGUUUAAAAAAGAUACGUAUGCUAAAAUGCUCAUAGUUACUAACCACUUUGGUGAUCUUGGAGACUCCGGUGCCCCAGUUUACGACGACGAUGGUCUUUGGGGAAUUUACCAAAGUACUUCAGAUUCAAAAUAUAUGUCCGGCGUUGUACCCAUUGAUCUAAUUUUACAAAAAAUUUACGAAAAAGAACACGUAAAUUUUGAUUUAUUAGUGAACGAAGGAAAUGUGGAUGAAGAAAAUGGUAAAAUGGAUAUUAAUCACAAAUCUUUUGACAUUCUCAUCAAUAUCCCUCGAAAGUACCAUAGAAGACAAGAUAUAGAAUAUUUUUUACGAAAAAAAUGGUGUUAUUUUGUGAAUGGUAUCUGA